AAAUAAUAACAAUAAUCGAGAACCUGUCAUAAUUUAUUAAACAAAAAAAUGCCGACACCGAAGCCUUCAUUUGUGUCCCGCAACCUCGUUGCCAUUGUGAUUGUACCCAGCUUGAUUGCCGUUCACUUUGGCUGGAAGCUUUUACAGGAUAAUCGAAAGCUGGUGUCCGCCGAGGAACAGAUUGAUCUGCCUCCCGUUACGUUUGCCAAAUAUGCGUGGAAGAGAUUGACCGGCAAUAAUAGUGGUGUUGCAGAUGAGAAGAGCGACUCGGAUUGAGCGCGGGAAUUACAAAUUGUGCACAGGCUAAACUUGUUAAAAACUAUUUAUUGCAUGCUAUUGAUGCAGUAAUUAAAUCUACAAUAAACAUUAAACGUUAAUAUACAAGCUAACAUAUAAACGGACGACGUACGUACAACACAUACAUAUACAUAUGCUUAUGUAAAAUAAAAUUAA